GAAAUUUUUUUUUUAUUGAUAAUCAUAUACCAACGUCGAUUCGUGCACGCAUCAAUUUUGGCCCUGACGUUUGUAUUGUUAUAAUUUUGUAAAAUCAAUUAUUCCAUCCGUGAAGAAGUUGUUGCGAAAUGUAACAUGAUUGCACCCGUUUGCGCAAUUUCUUCUUCGUAGCCGUCUUGUCAACCACAAUCACAAAUAGAAUACCAAGUAUACAUGUGACGAAAUAUGAUGUUAUCACAAAUUUUGGGAAUCCCGUAACGUUUCGAUUCGGGACAAUAUUCCUUCAGGAAUUGAUUUAGUACCAUGGUUUCCUAUGUUUGCUAAUCUCCGACCGAAUCGAGUGCGGAAACCGUGACAGUUCACAAUGUUAUUGUAAAGACUAAUAUACCAAUCAGUCCGACGAAUUAGGUUACGUCUUUGUUGUAUUGAAUGAUAUUUGUGAAAAAGAACCUGCACAGAGGGAAUUAAUAACGAUUUCGUAUAUUAUUUGAUUAAAAAGCAUCGGAACUUUCGGGGAAUAAGAACAAGAUGACACAUGACUUUUAUCAGGAUUUGAAAGAUUACCUGAAGAGAAACGAAAUUAAAGAAGCAUUAGACUUAUUUAAAGGCAUUAGCGAUGAGGAUAUUGUAGAUUAUUCAUGGUCACUUAUACUGGUUACAUCGUCUUAUAUUACUAAUAAAAAUGAAAGAAAAUAUAGAGAAAGAUUCGACUGUUGUAAAAUGAUACUAAACACUGUGGCAGAGAAAUGCGAUCUUUCCGACACAUUGCCUAGAUUCUUAGAAGAAAUGGAAACUGAUAUAAAAUUUUGUACAAUUAUAGAAGUAAUCGGUAAGAAUAUUUUAAAAGUGAAAGAUAAAAUGAAUCGCUGGUGUAUCAAUGUAAUAAGGUGUUACAUCGAGGAUCUAGCAAAAAUUCAGAAAGAAACCCAAGAGGUAACAACUGUAACGAAUAGAGUAUUAAAAGUUUACAAUGCGAUUAUAUUGUUUCUCGAGCUAAUGGUACAAAAAGCAGCAUUGAAGAAUGCAAAUUCAGAAAAUUAUGUUGAAUUAAGGGAUCUUCUUUUAAGUCUUCUCAUUUGUUUAAUGGGAGAACCGCUAUGUUAUUUGCAAGAUCACGUAUCAGAAUCUCGAUUGGAUCAGCCUUUACCAGAGGCGAUUAUAAUGCUGAUGGAUCCAAUUACAGGAGAUUUACUUCAGUUUUUAAAUAUUGUGAGCAUAAGAAGUAAACGAAGAAAAUCGAAAAAGAAAGCUAUGAAUGAAAAUAUAGAUGAAGAAAAUUAUAACAUUAAAAGGAUCCUCUUUGAAUCGGAUGAAAACACAUCGGAUUUAGCAUAUGCUAAUUUUUAUUUUUAUAUUUUAACAAAAUCGCAUUUAUGGGAGAAAGCACCAAAAAUAUACAAUUGGCAAUACAUUUUUGAAACGUGUACAUAUCUUACUAUUAAAUUGCUUCAAGAAAAAGAAAUCGUUACCGUUAAAAAAGGAUUGGAUCUUAUGGAUCACCUUUUGAAUAGAUUACCAAAGCAGUGUUUAAUAUCGGAAAUGCUAGAGCUAAAUAUUUAUUCGGAACUGUUCGAUACGCUGGUGCAGGUGAUGAUUUAUUGUGAUAGUAACAAAGAACGUAAAAAGGCUUUAGCAUUAUUUCAGAAAUACGUUGAAAUGUUUGAUAUGCAAGCUAGAUAUCUUGUUAUUAGGCGUUUAUAUCAUACCAGCGAACAUUCAGGUUUAAUUAGUUUAACGACUAGUAUGCUUAAAGAUUCUAUUAUCGAAUGUCUCGAAACAACGCCUCCUAUACCCUACUUUCUUGGUAAUAAUUUGGAAACUUUAUUGAAAUUGGCUUGCAAGUUAUCACAUGGUAGCGCAACAGAUUUAGUAGAAAUAUCUGAUGAAAUAAUUAGUAGCUUGAAUCUUUUAAGAUUUCUACUUCUUAGAGAUAAAUAUAAUCAAACUGGAAUUUGGAAUGUGAUAAAUACACUUACAAGCGAUUUUCUAAGACCUUUGAGAGAUGCGAUAGAUUUAUGUAGAGCACACUGGAAGGUGAAAAUAAAGGAUUUAGAACAACAGAAGAAAAUUAUUGGAGCAAAUGAUAUGGGAUUAGAAAAAUAUGAUGCUGAAAUAGCAUUGAUUGUGGGUGGAGAAAAAUUACCUCCAUUGCCAGUAUCGGAAAAGAUUUUAUUUUGUCAUAAGGCAGUAAAUGGUCUCGAUGUAAUGGAAAGCAUUUUAAUUAGGGUCAAUGAAUGUAUUUGUGAAACUUCGUUCACCAAAACUAACAAUUAUGCUGUAACAUCAAAAUAACAAUGUACUUUUUUUUGUGAAAUAAAGUCAUUUAUCUUUCAUAUA